UUCAAAUCAGUUACCUUUAGUUUUUUUUACCACACAGAGGAUUUUUACUGCCACAUGCACCACGCUGUUUUAAAUUUAACCGCAUAAACUUCCUAUAAAUACCCGUACGUUGUGUUUGCUCUCUUCAACUCAACUCACUCAAACCCCAAAACACACACAAAACAAUCAAAAUGAAGACUUUUUUUCUAGUUACUCUCCUGUUGGCUGCAGCUGUCUGCACCCACGGCAGAGAACAGGUGAAGGACUCCAACGGAAAUCCAGUUAAGCGCGGUGCAAAAUACUUCAUCCAGCCGGCUAAGAGCAACGGCGGUGGUCUUGUUCCAGCCGCCAUUAACAUACUUCCGUUUUGUCCACUUGGCAUCACCCAGACACUUCUUCCCUACCAACCGGGCCUGCCGGUUAGCUUCGGAUAUGAGCCAGUUAUUGUCGGCACAGACUACAUUUACACAUCUACUACAAUAAACAUCGAGUUUAGGUCCGAGAUAUGGCCGGUAUGCAACGAGCUUUCCAAGUUAUGGGCAGUCGAUGUUUCCUCAUCCGCUGCCAAGGAGCCUGCCAUUAUCAUAGGUGGUGAACGGACGGCCCCAAAUAGCUUGUUUAAGAUAGAAGAAGCUACAGGAGCACACACUUACAAGUUGACCACCUCAUCUGGAACCGUUGGAACCAUCCCAGGGCCAUGGUUGGGUGCACCACAGCUAAUUGCCACCAAUGAUGACGCUAAGACCUUAUUCGUCAAGUUCGUGAAGGUUGAUGAUGAUGCUACUAAGGCUACUACUUCUACUUCACGUGUUGAGAAGUUAGGUCUAAGGAUGUUCCCAUUCUACUAGUCAAAAUCAUGUAAUAUUGUAAAAAUCCUGAGACUCGUCCAUGGCCAUGAAUAACGGGUUGAGAUAAUACCCGCACGUAUGUAUGUAAACUCGUUUUUACUUUCAGAAAAAUCAAACAAUUUGUGUAUCCGACGCCU